CAAGAAGAGUCUCAAGCAAACCAUAAAAACAACAAGAGCACAAAAUGUAAAUCUAAAUCUAAAUGUUAUUCAGCCUUGGUAAAAGGUGCAUUUAGGACGUAGGUCAAUUGUAAGGUCAAGGUCAUACUUAAGUCGAAGAUAAUUUACGACUUAUGUUGCUUCAAACAAAAGCAGUUUCCAUAAGUUGAUCUAUUAAAUGGAAGGGGUCAAUAUUCUACAGGUUUCUAAAGGAGGGGCCAUUUUUUUUUAAAGAAAAUCAGUUCUUUACAAAAGAGAGUCAUUUUUCUAUAGAUUCUUGACCGGGUCCAUCAUAUUCUAUGUGGUCACUCUACUAAGUAACCGGCAUAUACGUUAUACAACUAACAUAAACUACGCACAAACCAAACUCAAGAUGUUGAUGAAUUCAGAGUUGAGAUUGGUAGUGCUAAUUAGUUAAAGUCACAAACAAUUAUAGCCUGUGACCGUAUUUUUUAUGUGAAUUACAAAAAUGAUUAGUUAAUUUUUAAAAAUGAUGUAACUAUCAUACAACACUCAAACUAUUCAGUUUACGUUUUACGCAUAAGCGCAAGUCUACAUUAAAUGUUGGAGAAUGAAAUCUAAUGUUGUUAUCCAUUUUUAAAGCUUGACCAGACUACUUCUCUUAUACCCUUAAAGCAAUGUCAAUGAAACUUUACAGGAUUGAUUUGUAUCUCAAGUCCUUGCGCAUAUCGCAUGGAUUUGUCAGUUAAAUUAUUUUUGUCCGAGUUAUGGCCCUUUAAUAAUUUCGAAUUUUAAAGUUUGUCAAGACUUCUUUUCCUAUACCACUGAUGGAAGUUCAAUGAAACUUUACAGGAUUAAUUUGUUAGACAAGUCCUUAUGCAUAUCGCACGGGUUUUCCUGUUAAAUGAUUUUUGGCCGAGUUAUGGCCCUUUAAUAAAAAGUGCUUCAUUUGUUAGUGUUGCCAUAUACAAAAAAGCUUUUCAGGACUACUCCUAAGAAACUAAAGAUUUCUGAAGCAAAUGUCAUCAAAACUUAAGGGGAAUGAUCAAUACCCUGUCUAGUUGUGCAUCCUUUCAACAUUUUUUUGGUUCAUUGAUUUUUGUCACUUUUAUAUUCUAUACCAUUUCUAAAAGAUGAUACUUAAAGAUGUUUUUGUGUUAUUUUCUCAAAAUAUUCUGUAAAGAUAUUAAUCGUUUAUAAAGAGAUUGCAACACUUUCAAUCCCUGAAGUGAAGAACACGACAUGUUCUUACAGCUGCCACAUGGCACUUGACACUUGCUGUUUUUGAAGUAUAGUAAUCUUAAAAACAUGUAAUCCCUUUAAAGAAUCAACAACAUUUGAUUGUGUCUGUGCAUGACGGAUAAUGAAACAGUGCAACAUUCCUCAUGUCCCCAGGCAUCAGCGUAAGCCGAGCUCAUUUUACAACACUUAACGUGUUUGAAAUUAAUGACCAGAAGGACCAGAAAAUCAUAACAUAAAUAAAUUAUAAUUUAUGAUAUUUAUAAAUUACCGGCUAAGAAUCCAGAUCAGAGUACAUGUAAUUUAAAGUGGAUAAAUUUCUCAAUCUUUCAACAUUGUGCUUGGCCAAGAUAAAAUUUACAAGAAUAAUUAAGGUAACACCUUUUUUUAAAUACUUUUCGUUACUCGAUCUUGGAAACCAUAUAUCGUAUCCUUCACUUAGCGAAGCUGAUGAUAUAUUGAGUGAAGUUGAUGAUAAACUAACAAACAAGAAUUUAAAAAAAUACACAAAACAUUCGUAAGGUAGGUAUUUAAGGUUUUUACUUUGUCUUUGAAAAUUUCAGACCUAUACAUUGUAUUCUGCUGAUUCAGUAAUCUUUGUAUCAAAAUCUUUUGAAAACAGAACAACAUGCCUAUUCUUGGCCAGAUAAAUAAAAGAUUCAUCACCUCUAUAUAUGUGUACAGAUAUUAAAUAUUGCUGUGAAAUCUUAAUACUAGUACGCAAAAGUAUCUGUUAGGUUCUUAUCAUAAAAUAUUGUAUGAAGCACGUAUUUAUACUUAUAUUGUUUUAUUUUCUUUCUACACAGACUAAAUUUCUGUAUGCCUGACAAUUAAUAGAACGAAGAACACCAUGACGAACAAACAAUAAAGAAAGUAACAAUGGAGAUAUCAUCGAGCAGUGAUGUAACUAGAGGGCAUGAACACUACCUGAUGCAUAUAUUGUUAUUGGAACAAGCUUCGCCCAUCGCAUUAAAGGCCAUUUUGAAAAGGGAAGAGGAAAAGUUUGGAAAAAAUAUUAGUAUUGUGUUGAAUGAUAAUAGACAUACAUUUAAAGACUGGUACGAAACAGAGUUUCUACAAUUAUUUCAAGACGAGAAUAUCAAUUACGACAUUGAUACGUGGGACACUCUUCAAUUAUGUGCUGUAACAUUAGUUUUGUUUAAAUCAGGUCUAACUGAUCAAGAAGUUAAAGCUAUUCAAUGUAUAUAUGAUCAGAGAAAAGAUAUUGAAAAUUACGUAGGAAGUGCCUCCCUUACAUACAAUACCUACAAUGAGAAACAGCAUUUAUUGCAGGAACAACUACUGGAGUUGAUAACGCUUAUAGACUGCAAUUCUGGUUAUAAUUGUAAACGUAUGAUGGUUUCAUUUGAAACAAAAGCCUUGCAAUUAAGCGAACCACAGAUAGGCGAACUAACACGGACAAGUGAUUUUAAAACUCAUCUUAAAAUUGCAUUUGACGUAGAUAUCGUAACAGACAAUGAUAUUACUGGCGAAGAGAACGAUCUAAAGACAAAUGGCCAAGUGUUCACUGAAGAACUUCAGAACAAAAGUGUCUACAUCAAUGAUUCAGCUAUUUUGACAUGUAAACUCAACAUUCCAACAGAUGAAAAUGUUGAGUGGAGGAAAGAUAACAAGCCGGUUGAAAUUUCAAAUAAUGUUAUGGUCAUGAGCAAGAAUCACAACCAUUGGAUAGCGAUUUCCCGUGCAUCAUUGGAAGAUACGGGUCAAUAUACGUGUAUAUAUGACCAUAUUUCAACAUCCGCUGAUCUUAUUGUUAUAGAUGAAGCAUUGCGUGUGGUCGUUGAUUUGCCUGUCAAGAUUGAGGUUAUUGAGAAUGGAAACAUUGAUAUAGAAUGUAAGGUGAACCUGCUAACGAGUAAACCUAUUUGGCGACACAAAGGGAAACUUCUACAAUCAUCUGCUAGAAAGGUUAUACUAGCCAAGGGUAAUACACACAAAUUGAUGAUCACGAAUGUAACAUUACACGACGAGGGUGAAUAUAUAGUUGAGUUUGGUAAUGUCUCAUCUAAAACAACAGUUCAAAUACAAGGCGAAACAGACCUUAUUCAUAGAAAACAGAUAACACACGAAUUGUACAGAAAUUGGAUGAGAGGAGCUCUAUCGUUAAAAUAUUUGAAAAUAGGUUUAGAGGGUUUUUCCGACAAGGCUGUUACCAAACAACAUGAUGAUCUAAUGAAAACUCUUGGAAAUACAUGCAACACUUGUACAGAGGGAAGUCUUCUUCCACAUAAAAAAGAUCAAUGCCCACGGCAAGGAAAAAAUCAAUGUUUAUGUACUAAGAUUCAGAAAAAAAAGUCAAGACAAAUGUGUCCAAAUGGGGGAUUUUGUGGAAACGUUUAUGAUAAAAUAGUUUGUAAACAUCGCUUUCAACAUCCAUUGUUCACGAACACGGAUGUCCAGAAAUGGAGCAGUGAUCCAUGGAGUGUUGCAACAUGCUUUAUAAAUACUACUGGCUACAAAGGCAAACAAUCAGCCACAGAUAUCGACUGCUCUGGUUUACUUAGUAUGUGUAUAAACAACAUUGAUAUAGAAAUGAUGCUUGGAGAAGUAAUCAUCGAUGGGAAAACAGAUGCAUUUGCACAGGCAAGGGCAGCGCGGAAUGAUAUUCUUCACAGUCCAAACUAUGAAUUAUCUGAAAAUCAACUAAACAAGUUUAUCAAAUUGUUCAAAGAGGUACUAGAAAUCAAGGACAAACGUGGCAAUACACCUCUGAAAGGGGAGCCAGGCGUUGCAAACGCCUUACAUUUACUAGAUAUGGUGCAACAAAAUCAGAUUGAGAUUAACCUUGAACAUGAGAUGAUAGAACUGAGAGAGCAUGGAAUGUCUAUAUUAGAAGAGAAAUACCAAACAGCACAAAAACAGGCAAGUUUUAUUAUAAUAGCUUAUGCAUUUGAGUAUUGUUAUAACAUGUUUUCAAGACCGAGUAAGGCAAUAUUAAAGUAA